AUACUUACGUCAAAGUCAAAUAAAACAAUAAAAGCGCAAAAACAAGGAAACUCGGUGAAGGUGAACUGGAAACUGUGUUAUUUAUAGAAUGAGCCUUAAAGACCGUUCGAUUCCCGUAUUUAUUUAUCCGAGUGAGUUAACCUUCUUCGUAGGAAGCCAAAUCACGCACAAGCAGCUGCUGACACUGUAUAAUCCGUACGAGUUUCCCGUAAAAUACCAAGUGUAUGCCAACACGGCGGACAGGUACGGGGUCGUGGACCCCAAAGGAACGAUUGCCCCUCAUUCGUACAUCGAUCUGCUGGUGCGACACAAUGCCCCGUUUCCAUCCAAUUGCCACAAUAAGGAUAGGUUUAUGAUUACUAUGCAAGAUGCGACGACGAAUCAAUUACUAGGGAGACGGUGUGUCCCGUCUACGCUUUUACCAGGGGAGAAAGACACCAGCAGCGUUGGCGAUGACAGCUCUCAUUCCUACACAGCGUGUGAAUCUAGUCCUAUUAGAGAGAGAGGCAGAAACUAUGAGCCGGACUCCUCUGUUAAAUACUACUUUAUGAUGUUGUCUGUGUUAUUUAUAUUAGUAUUGAUUAUGCCUACGAAGUGUGAUGAACCGGAAGCAACCAGCAUUCCCUCUUAUUUGCACGUCAGUGUUGCUGUUAAAAUUAUCACUGCUUACGUUUUAGGACUUAUCACAAUGUCGUUGUUGAAACCAUGUUGACAUAUCUAUGUUUAUCGUUUAAGAACAAAUGCGUCAAAUGUUAAAGAGCUGAUUUUUUUUAGGAUAAGUUUUGUAUCUUGAGACCUGAUUUUAGUAUUUCUCAAUUUGUGCGUUAAUGAGGGUUAUGUUUAUAUACCAAAUUUGCUCAUUCAAUUUAUUAUUUAUUGUGACUUCCUAUGUAAUUUUUGUGAUGGAGAUUAUAUUUUUAAUACUUCAGCUAUUUUUGGUUAAGUUAGGGUAUUUGUAUUGUGAUUUUAUUAAUAUAGGGUUGACACGAAACGUCGGUUGGGAGGGUUGUGCGAAGAGAUUCGAUUUGACUCUUUGAUUAAAGUUAUAUUUUACUACAAAUUAACUAGUUUGUAAUAAAAUGAUUCAAAAAUA